AUACUUUGUAACCACCCCUAUGCCCGUCCGCUCCUUAAAUAUGUAUGCUGUGGUGCAAAUGUACGUACGCACUUAAUUUGAAAAAUGCAGCAUCAGAAAAUAAACAUGGAAGGCUUAUGGUCUGAUGAUGAAGUUCCUGUUAGUCCUACUGGCCAGUACUUCAACAGUUCUGUUCUUUCCAUCUCUGUUCUCUCCGUCCUGGAAUCGGAGAUUCCUAUCGACGAUUCCCUUGCUCUCACUCUCCUCAAAGAUCUAUUCCUUCCGAUUAAUCCCCGAUUCUCCUCCAUUAUGGUUGAAGACAAUAAUGGUGUAAAGCAGUGGAAAAAAGUGUUUGUCGAGCUUCAAGAUCAUGUAAAUGUCCCAACUUUUCCAGAGGGGAAAUUUCCGGAGUUUUAUGAUGCUUGCCUGAAUGAUUAUCUGUCGAAGAUAGCCAUGGAAUCGUUUCCGAAAGGCCGGCCUUUGUGGAAUAUCCAUAUAAUUAAGUACCCUACUAGCAAUGCAGCUGGUAGUCUGGUUUUCAAGCUUCAUCAUGCACUUGGUGAUGGUUUUUCACUUAUGGGAGCCCUUCUUUCGUGUCUCAAGAGAUGUGAUAAUCCAGGGCUUCCCUUGACAUUUCCUAAUUUUCAGAUGAAAACAGACUUGGAUGAUGAAAAGGAGACUGUUUUUAACCGUUUGACUAAGAGGUUUUCUACUGUGAUUAACUCUGCUUCUGAUUUUGGAUGGAGUCUUCUGAAAAGUAGCAUUCUGCAAGAUGAUAAGACACCGAUAAGAUCUGGGACUGAAGGAGUGGAGUUCCUGGCAAUCAAUCUGAUUACAAUGUCAUUUUCACUCGAUCAAAUCAAGGAAAUCAAGGGCAAGCUUGGAGUGACAAUAAAUGAUGUACUCACUGGAGUAAUCUUUCUGGGGACAAGAUUAUACAUGGAUGCAACAAGCCAGGAGUCGAGAAAUGGAGUUUCUACUGCACUGGUCUUGCUCAAUACUAGGAACAUUGGUGGCUACACAUCAGUGGCUGAGAUGGUUGAUGCUUCUGCAGCCGAGAAGCAAUGGGGAAAUCAGUUCGGUUUCUUACACGUCUCAGUUCCAGAAUUAAAUGGAACAGAAUAUUCUAACCCGACUCAGUUCGUCUACAAGGCACAGAAAAUCAUCAAGAGAAAGAGAGAAUCUGCAGCUGUUUUUCUCACUGGCAGAUUAUUAGAGACAGUGAGGAGAUAUAGAGGUCCUGAGGCCACGGCUCAGUACAUUCAUAGCACGCUAAACAACUCGAGCAUGACUAUAUCAAAUAUGAUCGGACCACUGGAACGAAUGUCGUUAGCUGAUCAUCCGAUUAAGGGCUUUUAUUUCAUGGUAGUUGGGGUUCCGCAGAGCCUUACUAUAACAAUGGUUAGCUAUAUGAAAGUGGUGAGAAUUGCUGUUGGAAUGGAGAAAGGCCUAAUGGAUCCCCAGAAAUUCAAGUCAUCUGUUGAGAGUGCUUUCGAUAUGAUAUAUAAAGCAGCUGUCAGGUCUUGAUUCAUCCAGACCGUGAUAUUAAAGCUUCAUCACUUUUUCCCUUUGCAAUCAUCUCAUACAAAUUUGUUUAUCAUUCUUUGGUAUUUAGAAAAAGUGUGUUUUACAUUCCAUAAAACAGAGAAAUGUAACGAAUGACAUGAUAUAAUUUUAUUUACCCAGUUGAGUUUUUCGAUCUCA